GGACCUCGGCUCCGGGGAGAGCCGCGGCUGGCUUGGCACUUCCAUGUGGCUCCGCCGGGGAUGGAGGACUCGGUGGUGGCGGCGGCGGCGGCGGCUGCCGCUGCGGCGGCGAUGGAGGAGCGGCUCUGAGGAGGGCGCGGGGGCCACACUCAGCCCGGCAGCGGGAUUAGAGCCCUCCAGAAUACAUGUCACAUAGCCCCGAAUGUGGAAUGGUGAUGUCUCCGUGAGGGAGCUUCCUCUCACUCAUCCUGUCAUGUAUAUCAUACUGCUUUUGACUGGGCCAUUCAUCUAAGAUGGGAUUUACCCUGUGAAACUGGGAGAAGACUUAUGGACUUCCAAGCAUCAUUUCAAGUAGUAGUUGAGUUUUAAAAAGUACAGACUUACAUGUAAAGCUCCUUGGCUUUGGACCUUCUGCUUUAUUAAAGCUGCUGUGUUGAGAAUCCAGAAGUGUUCCAGUGUAUUGACCCAUCACCAUGGCUUCAGUUUGGAAGAGACUCCAGCGCGUGGGAAAACAUGCAUCCAAGUUCCAGUUUGUGGCUUCCUACCAGGAGCUGAUGGUAGAAUGUACAAAGAAAUGGCAACCAGAUAAACUGGUGGUAGUUUGGACAAGAAGAAGCCGAAGAAAGUCUUCUAAGGCUCAUAGCUGGCAACCUGGAAUAAAAAAUCCAUACCGUGGUGUUGUUGUUUGGCCUGUUCCUGAAAACAUUGAAAUCACUGUAACACUUUUUAAGGAUCCGCAUGCAGAGGAAUUUGAAGACAAAGAGUGGACAUUUGUCAUAGAAAAUGAGUCCCCUUCUGGUCGAAGGAAAGCUCUUGCUACUAGCAGCAUCAAUAUGAAACAAUAUGCAAGCCCUAUGCCAACUCAGACUGAUGUCAAGUUAAAAUUUAAGCCAUUGUCUAAAAAAGUUGUUUCUGCCACUCUCCAGUUUUCAUUAUCUUGUAUUUUCCUUCGGGAAGGAAAAGCCACGGAUGAAGAUAUGCAAAGUUUGGCUAGUUUGAUGAGUAUGAAGCAGGCUGACAUUGGCAAUUUAGAUGACUUUGAAGAAGACAAUGAAGAUGAUGAUGAAAACCGUGUGAACCAAGAGGAAAAAGCAGCAAAAAUUACAGAACUUAUCAAUAAACUUAACUUUUUGGAUGAAGCAGAAAAAGACUCGGUCACUGUGAAUUCAAAUCCAUUUGAUGAACCUGAUGUAGAAGAAUUAAAUCCAUUUGGAGAUCCUGACUCAGAAGAACCAAUCACUGAAAAAGCUUCACCUAAACAUCCAGAGGAAUAUUUUUAUAAUAACAGCUAUCAUCCCUUUAAAGAUGUACAGACUUCACAGUAUUUGAACCCAUUUGAUGAGCCAGAAACUUUUGUAACUAUAAAGGAUUCUCCUCCCCAGUCUACAAAAAGAAAAAAUAUAAGACCCGUGGACAUGAGCAAGUACCUGUAUGCUGAUAACUCUAAAACUGAAGAAGAGUUGGAUGAAUCAAAUCCUUUUUAUGAACCUAAACCAACUUCUCCAAAUAACUUGGCAAAUACAGUUCAAGAAGUGGAAACUGAAAAGAGAGUGAAAAGAAAGGCACCGGCUCCACCAGUCCUUUCACCAAAGACAGGAGGGGUAAAUGAGAACAUGCUUGCUUCUGCAGGAAGAGAUCUCUCUGCUUCACCUAAGCCAAGCCCUAUACCAAGUCCUGUUUUGGGGCGAAAGCCAAAUGCUAGUCAGUCAUUGCUUGUAUGGUGCAAAGAAGUCACGAAAAAUUACCGGGGAGUAAAAAUCACCAAUUUUACUACAUCAUGGAGAAAUGGUUUAUCUUUUUGUGCAAUAUUGCACCACUUUAGACCAGAUUUAAUUGACUACAAGUCUCUGAAUCCUCAAGAUAUUAAAGAAAACAACAAAAAGGCUUAUGAUGGAUUUGCCAGCAUAGGAAUUUCCCGGUUAUUGGAGCCUUCUGAUAUGGUUUUAUUGGCAAUUCCUGAUAAACUGACUGUUAUGACUUACCUCUAUCAAAUAAGGGCACAUUUCAGUGGCCAAGAACUAAAUGUUGUUCAAAUAGAGGAAAAUAGCAGUAAAAGCACAUAUAAAGUUGGAAACUAUGAAACAGAUACAAACAGUUCUGUGGAUCAAGAAAAAUUCUAUGCAGAGCUUAGUGAUCUAAAGCGGGAACCUGAACCACAACAGCAGCCUACCAGUGGAGCAGUCGACUUCUUGUCCCAGGAUGAUUCUGUAUUUGUAAAUGAUAGUGGGGUUGGAGAGUCAGAAAGUGAGCAUCAGACUCCUGAUGAUCACCUUAGUCCAAGCGCUGCCUCUCCUUAUUCUCGCAGGACUAAAAGUGAUACAGAACCCCAGAAAUCCCAGCAGAGUUCUGGAAGGACUUCAGGAUCUGAUGACCCUGGAAUAUGUUCCAAUACAGAUUCAACCCAGGCACAGAUUUUGUUAGGCAAGAAGAGACUACUAAAAGCUGAGACUUUAGAAUUAAGUGACUUAUACGUUAGUGAUAAGAAGAAGGAUGUAUCUCCACCCUUGAUUUGUGAAGAGACAGAACAACAAAAGUUUAAGAAUGUAGAAGUCAGGAGUAGCUUAGAACAAGAAAAAAUAGAAACUUCUAGACCCCUGGAAUGUAGAUCCAAUGCUGAAUCACCUACUAAAACAGCAAGUUUAUCUCCUACUUCUAAACUUGGAUACUCAUAUAGUAGAGAUGCAGACCUUGCAAAGAAAAAACGUACUUCUCUGAGGCAGAUAGAAUCUGAUUCAGAUGCUGAUAGAACCACUUUAAAUCAUGCUGAUCAGUCUUCCAAAAUGGUGCAGCAUCGAAUGUUAUCCCGACAAGAAGAGCUUAAAGAAAGAGCAAGAGUUCUGCUUGAGCAAGCAAGAAAAGAUGCAGCUUUAAAAGCCGGGAAUAAACAGAAUGCCAGUGCAGCUACACCCCUGUACAACAGGCAGCUAAGUGAUCAGCAAGAUGAAGAGCGACGUCGGCAGCUGAGAGAGAGAGCUCGUCAGCUAAUAGCAGAAGCUCGAUCUGGAGUGAAGAUGUCAGAACUUCCCAGCUAUGGUGAAAUGGCUGCAGAAAAGUUGAAAGAAAGGUCAAAGGCAUCUGGAGAUGAAAAUGAUAAUAUUGAGAUAGAUACUAACGAGGAAAUUCCUGAAGGCUUUGUUGUAGGAGGUGGAGAUGAACUUACUAACUUAGAAAAUGACCUUGAUACUCCUGAACAAAAUAGUAAGUUGGUAGACUUGAAGCUGAAGAAACUCCUGGAAGCUCAGCCACAGGUGGCAAAUUCACUUUCCAGUGCUGCCCAGAAAGCUAUAACUGAGAGCUCAGAGCAAGACAUUAAGAAUGGCACAGAAGAUCUCCGGACUGAGAGAUUACCAAAAGCUACAGAACAUUUUAGAAAUCCUGUUGUGUUCAGCAAAGAUUCAACAGUCAGAAAAACUCAACUUCAGUCUUUUAGUCAAUAUGUUGAGAAUAGACCAGAGAUGAAAAGGCAGAGAUCAAUACAGGAAGAUACAAAGAAAGGAAAUGAGGAGAAGGCAGCGAUAACUGAAACUCAGAGGAAGCCAUCAGAAGAUGAAGUGCUUAAUAAAGGGUUCAAAGACACCAGUCAGUAUGUUGUAGGAGAAUUGGCAGCACUAGAGAAUGAGCAAAAGCAAAUUGACACCCGUGCCGCGCUGGUGGAGAAGCGCCUUCGCUAUCUCAUGGACACAGGAAGGAAUACGGAAGAAGAAGAAGCUAUGAUGCAAGAAUGGUUUAUGUUAGUUAAUAAAAAAAAUGCCCUAAUAAGAAGAAUGAACCAGCUGUCUCUUCUGGAAAAAGAACAUGAUUUAGAACGAAGGUACGAGCUGCUGAACCGGGAAUUGCGGGCAAUGCUAGCCAUUGAAGACUGGCAGAAGACUGAGGCCCAGAAGCGACGAGAGCAGCUCCUGCUGGAUGAGCUGGUGACUUUGGUGAACAAGCGAGAUGCACUUGUGAGAGAUCUGGAUGCGCAGGAGAAGCAGGCAGAAGAAGAAGAUGAGCAUUUGGAGCGAACUCUGGAACAAAACAAAGGCAAGAUGGCCAAGAAAGAAGAGAAAUGUGUUCUUCAGUAGCCAUCAGACCAGUGUCUCUCCCAACAUUUUAGUCUUGGGCCCCCAGACCAGCAACAGACUGGUUGUUUCAAAAGUUAACAUUACAUUUGGCUGGAUUAUACUUCUGUACCAUCAUCACCACUUUAACUCCUUUCCAGAUAAUAUACAGAACUCCAAACAUAGCUCUGUUUAAGGAUUUUUUUUUUCUGUGAGUGAAUACUUUCUUUUGAAAUCAUGUGAGAUAGAUUUGCACAGACACUUUGUGAGUAAUUGAUAUUGGAGGUGUUCAAGAAACUGUUCAAAAAGAAAACACUUCCCGCAUUAUUUCCCCUCAUUGUUUGAUGGGAGGAAAAUUUGAGACAUUUCUGUUGUUGUUGUUGUUGUUGUUGGUAAUAGCAUAAUGACAGUAUAGGGGGGAGGGAGGCAAGGCAGGAUAAGAAAAAUGCCAUGAUUUUUUUUCCACUCCUGCCAUCUGUAACAUUUACUCUGUUACCUAAAUUUCAUAGUUAGAUCAUAUUCAAUCUACUUAUUAAACUCUGUUUAUUUACCAGUGAGGUUUUCUGCAACUGUUUUGCAUUUCACAGAAUUCCUCUGCUUUCCUCCAAAGAUGGUCCUUUAAAAGGUAGCCUGAGACAAACCCUGCGAUUUGCAGGUGAUGAGAGGAACUGACAUGCAGCAGUUUACAAAGACAGUUUUAUCAUGGGAGAAUCUGCCAUCUUUUUCUCUGGAUAAUAUUUAUUACAUCUUGGUUCGUUCUUACAUUUUGUUGUAUCUCAACAUUGGCUCAAGAAUGCUGUUAAUAUUUAUUCUGUAUUGAUAAAAGUCUGUCUUGCCACUACAAGUAAAUCUUUCCAGUUAAUAUUUUCUUUUCUAGCAUAGCACUGUCUUUUUUGUGAAAAUGGUUAUCUGUUUAUUUAUUACAAUACUGAGUCAUAUAUAAAUUUUCAAUAAAAGCAGAAACUUUCUUACCUGA